AUGGAUUUCAGCAUGGAUACCCAGACCGCAGCAGCACCAGCCGUCCACUCGGCCAAGCUGGCUGGCACGAGAAAGGGUCCUGACUCGCAGAGCGUCACCAAAAGGCUGCAAACAGAGCUCAUGCAGCUCAUGACUUCCCCAGCACCCGGCGUCUCCGCAUUCCCCUCGGCCGAUGGCAAUAUGCUCUCGUGGACGGCCACCAUUGACGGCCCCGACGACACUCCCUACUCGGGCCUGUCUCUCAAGCUGACCUUUGACUUCCCCUCAAACUACCCUUACGCACCCCCGACGGUCCUAUACAAGACCCCCAUCUACCAUCCCAACGUGGACUUUUCCGGUCGCAUCUGCUUGGACAUCCUGAAGGACAAGUGGACCGCUGCCUACAAUAUCCAGACUGUCCUGCUGAGCCUGCAGAGUCUGCUCGGAGAGCCCAACAACGCAUCCCCCUUGAACGGAGAAGCGGCGGAGCUGUGGGACAAGGAUCCCGAGGAGUUCAAGCGCAAGGUCCUAGCUCGUCACCGAGAUAUUGAUGAUGAGUAG